AAUAUAUAAAAGGAACACUUAUAUCCACAAGAAAUACAUAUCUUUUGCGUUCUUCAGGAUUAUCUGGAUUGCAAGAUAUCUAAAACGUCAAGCUAUUUCAUGGACAAAGAACAACGACAGGACAGCGAUACAACCCUGCUGAAAGUGGACGUUUUCUACACAAGGUUGAUGCUUAAAAAAGUCGAACAGAAGAAAGCGUACGAAUCUGAAAACCUGAUAUCUGACAUCGGAGGCCAGCUGGGUCUGUGGUUGGGCCUCUCUGCAAUCACGUUCGGCGAGCUGAUUGAUCUGUGUGUGUCCAUGGGGAGGGCAGCACUCGACAAGUGCUGCGACCGGAAGUUGCAUGAGGAGGAAAAACAAGGCAGUGAGUCUGACAUAGCCUAGCAGACAUGAAGGUUCGGACAGGUCCGCCGACUGGGAACAUGCGCGGGCUCAUGUGUGUUCGAGGUGCAUUAACAGCUCUAUCAGGAACGCAUCAUAAUUUGUAACAUCGCUGCGUGUUUAAGCUGUUGUGUUUUAUUUUAUUGUUUCUGUUGUAUUUUAUAAUGUCAUCUAAUUAUGUUUUGGCUGUACAUGUAUUUAACGUAUCAUAAUUAAAUCAAUAGCAAGGACGCUACAAAUUGUUGUACAUGUAGGUUGGGUAUAACAAGUAUUUAUUGCAGUACAUUUCUUAUUAGUUCUUUUUUGUAAUAAUAACCUCGUGUUUUUUUUCCGCGGCUGAAUAAGGAAAUUAAACCAGUUGCACUCAGUCCCGGGGUUUACCCGUUAGACAGAGUAGGCAACUGCCUAUGGACCCCGCGACUGUUCGGGGCCCCAUGAGACCGUGACGAUAUAACACA